AUGGCUAACCGCAUGAUUUACUUCACGUUGGGACUUUUUCUGUUGAUAUGCUGUUACAGCGACAGGGUCAUGGCAGGGGAUCCGGAUCCCUUGCAAGAUUUCUGCGUUGCAGAUGAGGAAAGCAACGUUUUGGUGAACGGGUUCGUUUGCAAAGACCCAAUGCAAGUUUCAGCAAACGAUUUCUUCUUCCGGGGACUUGGGCAGGCAGGGAACACCGACAAUGAUGUGGGCUCCAACGUAACGAUGGCGAACGUUAAACAGAUACCAGGCCUCAAUACGUUUGGAAUAUCGUUGGUCCGCACGGACUACGCACAGAAUGUGGGGCAUGAAAAUGCAGUGGCCAUAGCUGGAUUGAGCAGCCAGUUUCCCGGAGUUCAGACAAUCGCCAAUUCUCUGUUUGCGGCGAAUCCCCCUCUCCCCGAUUCCGUUUUGAGCAAGGCCUUCCGCAUCACCCAGGAACUGGGUUAUUGGCGUCCUCUUGUGCCAUUCAUAGCAUCUGUUUUGGACAUCAGCAUGUCCUCAUCAUAUUCCAAAGAUUGA